GACACAAGCUGAGAGCUACAAGCACAAGCAUGCAACACAUUAUGAAUCUGGCAACGCUGCUGCUGGUGGCAGCCGGCCUGCUGCUCGUCCAGGCGGACAGCUCGCAGCACAUGACGAACAACGGCGGAGGCGGACACAUGGGCAUGGGCGGCAUGGGUGGCAUGGGCGGCAUGGGCUCACACUCCAUGGACGUGAGCCCAGCGCCGGGCUACGGCGUGCCGGCCAUACCCAAGGAUCCGAAUUCGCGCUGCGAACAGAUCACGAUACCCAUGUGCCGGGGCAUCGGCUACAAUAUGACGGCGUUUCCCAACGACAUGAAUCACGAGACCCAGGACGAGGCGGGCCUDGAGGUGCAUCAGUUCUGGCCGCUGGUGGAGAUCAAGUGCUCGCCGGACCUCAAGUUCUUCCUGUGCAGCAUGUACACGCCCAUCUGCCUGGAGGAGUACCACAAGCCGUUGCCCGUCUGCCGCAGCGUCUGCGAGCGUGCGCGCUCCGGCUGUGCGCCCAUCAUGCAGCAGUACAGCUUCGAGUGGCCCGAGCGGAUGGCCUGCGAGAAUCUGCCGCUGCAUGGCGAUCCCGACAAUCUGUGCAUGGAACAGCCAUCGUAUACGGAGCCGGGCAGCGGCUCGGGCGGCAGCGGUGGUUCGGGCUCGGSCGGCUCGGGCUCCGGYUCGGGUGGCAAGCGCAAGCAGGGCGGCAGCAGCGGCUCGGGCGGAUCGUCGACGACGUCCAACAAGUGCAAGGGCAAGAAUUCAAAAAACUGCCAAAAUCCCCUAGGAGAAAAGGCAAACGGAAAGGAGUGCACAUGCUCGUGCCGUUCGCCGCUGAUCGUCCUGGGGAAGGAGCAGCUCAUGCAGCAGUCGCCCAUGAUGCACCAUCACUGGUACAUGAACCUAACUGUGCAAAGGAUCGCCGGCGUACCAAACUGCGCCAUUCCAUGCAAGGGUCCGUUCUUCACCAACGACGAAAAGGACUUCGCCGGCCUGUGGAUCGCCCUGUGGUCGGGUCUAUGCUUCUGCAGCACCCUCAUGACCCUAACCACAUUCAUCAUCGACACCGAAAGGUUUAAGUACCCCGAACGUCCCAUUGUCUUCCUCUCCGCCUGCUACUUCAUGGUCGCCGUCGGCUAUCUCUCGCGCAACUUCCUCCAGAACGAGGAGAUCGCCUGCGACGGGCGACUGCUGCGCGAGAGCUCGACAGGACCGCACUCCUGCACCCUGGUCUUUCUGCUCACCUACUUCUUUGGCAUGGCCUCGUCCAUCUGGUGGGUCAUCCUGAGCUUCACCUGGUUCCUGGCCGCUGGCCUGAAGUGGGGCAACGAGGCGAUAACGAAGCACUCGCAGUACUUCCAUCUGGCUGCCUGGCUCAUACCCACGGUCCAGUCUGUGGCCGUGCUCCUGCUCUCGGCCGUCGAUGGGGAUCCCAUUCUGGGCAUUUGCUACGUGGGCAACCUGAAUCCGGACCAUCUGAAGACAUUCGUGCUGGCMCCGCUGUUCGUGUAUCUCGUCAUUGGCACCACCUUCCUCAUGGCUGGCUUCGUGUCGCUCUUCCGGAUUCGCUCGGUGAUCAAGCAGCAGGGCGGCGUUGGCGCUGGCGUCAAGGCUGAC